AUGGACCCUCCUCCAAAUGUGUCCACGCCAUUUGAUUUAUUUGGCUAUGACACAAAUCAUACAUCGGUUCGGAUCUUGUACAUGUUGGCUUAUUUAUCAUCUACAUACUUGCCUUACUACGAGUUUCUGAGUUGUGGCAUAUGCUUGUUGGCUAACGGUUACAGUGCUGUACGCUUUAUCAAUGCUGGUACUUAUAGUCGGAAUUUUAGGAUUGUCAUGGUAGGUUGGGGGUAUGAAGUUGGUGUUUUAAAAUUACAGUACUAUUUGGUGCAAAAAAUAUAGCAAAGGUUGCAACACAGAACCUUUUCACAAAGUAGUACAAAGCUUUUAGUAUAGUUAACCUAGUACUAUUUCAUUACAAAAACCUAGUCAAAACUAAUGUUACAGUACCUUUCAGAUAGCGACAAACCUAGUAAUAAACGCCACAGCCCUAUUACGACCAAUAUACUUUCUAGUACCAGAAGAAACGUACUAUAUAGCAUCGAAAAACUACUUUCGUAUGUUCGUCAUGUACGCGUUAGAGUACAUUAGUCAUGUCGCUAUACUAAUGUUUGAUGUAAAGUAUAUUAUCAUUGGAUACGAGCGACGUGUAGCCUUUAAAAACCGAGCUACAUACGAAAAUAACCAAGGAAAAGGUACCAUCAUGGUGUUCUUGUUCGUACUAGGUGCUGUGAGUAUUAGUGCUGCAAUAAAAGCAGUGCUAUUCAUUGCUGUUAGAGACCUGCCUAUAGAUACUGCUUUGCAUAAGGCAUUCAUGAUGGAUGCGGACUUUGUCACUUGGUUUGCUUCACACUUCUUGGCACUUGGAGGGUGGAUAUACGGGUACUACGUAAGUUUAAUUUUUUUUGUAAAGAGGAUUUCAUCGUAUAAGUCAUAAAUUUACUUUGUAGACCUUCUACGACCUAAACAAACAAGCUCAUAAGCUAAAGUACGCUGGAAACAGCCUGAGCGAAUCGUUCACGUUAAAGGAGAUUGUCAGUGUGCUGAAGGUGAUUCGACCGGUAAUUAAAGCAUACAUUGUCAUAUUGUUGAGUGGAGUGGCUGUGGCUAGUUUUAUGUGCUUCUUCAUGCUGGGUGGUACUAUGCACGAGGGGGACAUGUACUAUCGGGCUUGUAUUACGGUAAGGUUUGCAAAACAAAAAAAAAUCGUUUUAGCUCGAGUACAGUCUAGCCGCCUCCUACAACAUAUAUGCCAGUUGUUAUACAAUUUGGUACCUAAAACCGCUUCGCAAAGCCCUACAACAAGAUUUGACAUGUUGUUUUCGACGGAAAUGCGUUGAAAUUGAGCCUAAUGCGGUUGAGAAAUACGAUGCGGUACAGGAGACCAACAUCUACUUCGAACAACUCAGUAAACGCUGGGAUAUUGUGCUUGUCAAAAAGAGAUGA